UCUCUCCAGGUAUAAGUUGAUGGAACUGAUCUGUUAUACAGUGAUGGGAGUGUUCCCAGCCUUGGUCAUCCUGUCAAUGCCGGACCGUGAGGGGCUGUGUGAGUUGUUAGUGGGCGGUGCCUGUUACUGUCUGGGCAUGGUGUUCUUCAAGAGUGAUGGCCUCGUCCCGUUCGCCCACGCCAUCUGGCACCUGUUUGUUGCCAUGGGAGCAGGCGUCCAUUACUACGCCAUCUACCGGUACCUCUACACGCCAGCGGCCAAUCAGAUGAAGACAUCCAGAUGACACACGGAGACCGGGGGCGAGGGGUGAUGACGUCACGGGACGUUGAAGGAAGGAGAGGACUUGUGAUGUCAAGAAAGGAGGGAUGGAGAGAUGAGAAUAUAACCAUAGCAACGUGGAGAGAUGGGAAUAGAACCAUAGCAACGUGGAGAGAUGAGAAUAGAACCAUAGCAACGUGGAGAGAUGAGAAUAGAACCAUAGCAACGUGGAGAGAUGAGAAUAGAACCAUAGCAACGUGGAGAGAUGAGAAUAUAACCAUAGCAACGUGGAGAGAUGAGAAUAUAACCAUAGCAAUGUGGAGAGAUGAGAAUAGAACCAUAGCAACGUGGAGAGAUGAGAAUAGAACCAUAGCAACGUGGAGAGAUGAGAAUAUAACCAUAGCAACGUGGAGAGAUGAGAAUAUAACCAUAGCAACGUGGAGAGAUGAGAAUAGAACCAUAGCAACGUGUAGAGAUGAGAAUAGAACCAUAGCAACGUGGAGAGAUGAGAAUAGAACCAUAGCAACGUGGAGAGAUGAGAAUAUAACCAUAGCAACGUGGAGAGAUGAGAAUAGAACCAUAGCAACGUGGAGAGAUGAGAAUAUAACCAUAGCAACGUGGAGAGAUGAGAAUAGAACCAUAGCAACGUGGAGAGAUGAGAAUAGAACCAUAGCAACAUGGAGAGAUGAGAAUAGAACCAUAGAAACAUGGGGAGAUCACUGGUUUAUGUGUCCUGGACAGACAGGAUGUUGAUCACUGGUUUAUGUGUCCUGGACAGACAGGAUGUUGAUCACUGGUUUAUGUGUCCUGGACAGACAGGAUGUUGAUCACUGGUUUAUGUGUCCUGGACAGACAGGAUGUUGAUCACUGGUUUAUGUGUCCUGGACAGACAGGAUGUUGAUCACUGGUUUAUGUGUCCUGAACAGACAGGAUGUUGAUCACUAGUUUAUGUGUCCUGGACAGACAGGAUGUUGAUCACUGGUUUAUGUGUCCUGGACAGACAGGAUGUUGAUCACUGGUUUAUGUGUCCUGGGCAGACAGGAUGUAGAUCACUUGUUUAUGUGUCCUGGACAGACAGGAUGUUGAUCACUGGUUUAUGUGUCCUGGACAGACAGGAUGUAAAGUUAGUUGUGUAACCCUCCGGUGUAGUGUUGUGUGCGUGGUAGAGUAGUCUAGAAAUGACAGAUGGUGAAGGUGUUUCUCCUGAUUGUACUACUAAUACAUUCCAGUCUAGUGAAGGUAUUACCCUAAUACAGCCAUUAUUACCAUUAUUAUUAUUACCAUUAUUAUUAUUACCAUUAUUAUUAUUACCAUUAUUAUUAUUACCAUUAUUAUUAUUACCAUUAUUAUUAUUACCAUUAUUAUUAUUACCAUUAUUAUUAUUACCAUUAUUAUUAUUACAUUCCAGUCUAGUGAAGGUAUUACCCUAAUACAGCCAUUAUUACCAUUAUUAUUAUUACCAUUAUUAUUAUUACAUUCCAGUCUAGUGGAGGUAUUACCCUAAUACAGCCAUUAUUACUAUUAUUAUUAUUACCAUUAUUAUUAUUACAUUCCAGUCUAGUGAAGGUAUUACCCUAAUACAGCCAUUAUUACUAUUAUUGUUAUUAUUAUUACCAUUAUUAUUAUUACCAUUAUUAUUAUUAC